CACCAGAGGAGAAUAGACACCGGAUUUACCGGGACACCGUCGGAAAGACGUCCCAGGAUAUGCGCGUUUCUCCGGGUGAAGGAGUGACGCAGCGUCCGGAUAAUAUAUUCAGUGUGAAGGGGGAAUCAGAUCUCCACUGGGAAACCAUCGUAAUGAUUACCUGUCAAUCACAGCAGACCCCGCCCCUGUCAGCUACCUGUGACCAAAGACCAGAGUCAAAGUGAGCAAGUGGGUGGAACCAGUCGCAUGACAGACAGCAGGGACGUCCAAUCAAAUUCAGAGCGCCGUAUCUCCUCUCCGCUUCAGCGAUGGUCACAUAAAUGCACAGAAACAUUCCUGUAUCGUCAACAUGUAGCUUAAUCUUCAGUUUUCCUAAUAGCCGUUUGAUUAUUAAUUUAUUAGUGUGAUGCUCUGCGUUUUCCGCCUGCGCCGUCUCGUUCGCCAGGUGCCGCUACAGACCAGCUUCCUCUUCCUCUUCCUCCUCUGCGUCCUCAGCGUUUUCCUCUCCUCAUAUUUCCUGUAUUCCGUCAAGCGAGAGCUUGAACCGUCAGCCACAGCAGGACAUGCUUCCGGUGACCUCUACAUGACCUCUUCUCGAACCCUCCCCUUUGUGGGCGGGACGUUUUCCUCCGAUGGCUCGCGGACGGAUCCAGUGGUGCUGGUGUUCGUGGAGAGCCAGUAUUCCCAUCUGGGACAGGAGAUCGUGGCCAUCCUGGAGUCGGCACGGUUUCGGUAUCGGACAGAGAUUUCGCCGGGAAAAGGAGACAUGCCUACUUUGAUGGAGGGACGGAGGGGACGCUUUAUUCUCAUCGUGUACGAAAACAUCCUGAAGUAUGUGAACAUGGACGCCUGGAACAGGGAGCUGCUGGACAGAUACUGCAUCGAGUUCGGAGUAGGAAUUAUCGGCUUCUUUAAGGCCAACGAGAACAGUCUGUCGAGCGCGCAGCUGAAAGGCUUCCCUCUGUUCCUGCGCUCCAACCUGGGCCUGAAGGACUGCAGCGUCAACCCCAAAUCCCCAUUACUGCACAUCACACGAGCACAGCAGGUCAGUGGUCCUCUUCCCGGGGAUGACUGGACCGUCUUCCAGUCCAACCACUCCAGCUAUGAGCCGGUUGUGCUGGCGAGAGCUCGUUCAGUGGACUCUCGUCUGCACACCACUGUGCUCCAGGAUCUGGGGCUCCACGACGGCAUCCAGAGGGUCUUAUUCGGACACAACCUCUCCUUCUGGAUACACAAGCUGGUGUUUGUGGAUGCCGUCUCCUUCCUGACCUCUAAAAGACUAUCUCUGUCCCUGGAGCGCUUCAUCCUGGUGGACAUCGACGAUAUAUUUGUGGGAAAGGAAGGGACUCGGAUGAAGGUGGCAGAUGUGGAGGCAUUGCUGGAAACUCAGAAUGAGCUGCGGAGGUCAGUUCCAGGCUUCACCUUUAACCUGGGCUUCUCAGGGAAAUUCUUCCAUGCAGGUACUGAUGAGGAGGAUCUGGGUGAUGAUCUUCUGCUGUCGUAUGUUGAUGAGUUCUGGUGGUUUCCUCAUAUGUGGAGUCACAUGCAGCCGCACCGCUUCCAUAACCAGAGUGUGUUGGCAGAGCAGAUGAUCCUGAACAGACGUUUCGCUGAGGAUCACUCUAUCCCGACUCAUCUGGGUUAUGCGGUGGCUCCUCAUCACUCGGGUGUGUAUCCCGUGCACAUCCAGCUGUACGAGGCCUGGAAGCGUGUGUGGGACAUCAGAGUGACCAGCACUGAGGAGUAUCCACACCUCAAACCUGCGCGAUUCAGACGCGGAUUCAUCCACCGCGGCAUCAGAGUUCUCCCCCGUCAGACAUGUGGUCUGUUCACUCACACCAUCUUUCAUGAGGAGUAUCCAGGCGGCCCGCAGGAGCUUGAACACCUCAUCCAUGGAGGAGAACUGUUCCUUACUGUCCUGCUCAAUCCUAUCAGCAUAUUCAUGACGCACAUGUCAAACUAUGGAAAUGACCGUCUGGGUUUGUUCACCUUCAAACGACUGCUUGACUUUCUCCACAAGUGGACUCAUCUGAAUCUGCAGACUCUUCCUCCACUGCAGCUCGCCGAGAAAUACUUCCACAUGUUUCCAUCGGACACCGAGCCGCUCUGGCAGGACCCGUGUGAGGAUAAGCGACACAAGGACAUCUGGUCCAAAGAGAAGACCUGCGAUCGCUUCCCAAAACUGCUGCUCAUCGGCCCUCAGAAAACUGGAACGACGGCUCUUUAUUUAUUUCUAGGCAUGCAUCCGGAUCUGACCAGUAAUUACCCCAGUAAGGAGACCUUUGAGGAGAUCCAGUUCUUCAGCGGCUACAACUAUCAGCGCGGCAUCGACUGGUAUAUGGAGUAUUUCCCCCUUGCGUCUAACAGCAGCUCGGAGUAUUAUUUUGAAAAGAGUGCCAAUUAUUUUGAUUCAGAUGUAGCUGCGUUUCGGGCCGCGGCGCUGCUGCCCAGAGCUAAAAUCAUCACGGUGUUGAGUGAUCCUGUGGACAGAGCCUACGCCUGGUACCAGCAUCAGAGAGCUCACGGUGACCCUGUGGCUCUUAAAUAUUCUUUCCAUGACAUCAUCACAGCGUCCCACAAUGCACCAGUGAGGCUGCGGGCUCUGCAGAAGCGAUGUCUGCUCCCGGGCUUUUACAGCACACACCUGACACGCUGGAUCCAGCACUUCCACCACAGCCAGAUUCUGGUUGUGGAUGGUCAGACACUGAAAACCGAUCCUGCUUCAGUCCUGGACAAAAUCCAGACAUUUCUGGGGUUGGAGAAUCGAGUGGACUACCACAAGAUACUGGCGUUUAACCCAAAGAAAGGCUUCUGGUGUCAGCUGCUGGACGGAGGAAAGACCAAGUGUUUAGGGAAGAGUAAAGGACAGAGAUAUCCAGACAUGGACACACAGUCUCAGGUGUUUUUGAGGAACUACUACAGCGAUGGCAAUAUUGAGUUGUCUAAACUACUGUAUAAAAUGCGUCAGACGGUGCCUGGCUGGCUCAGACAAGAGCUUCUCCACACCAGAUAACAGAGUCUGUCAGGACGGUGGUCUUUAACUCACUGAUACAAUUCUGCCAGUAUUUAUGAGCAGAUUCUGAUUUCCACAGACACUGGAUCAGAAAUCAACAACAAACAUAAACAUGAAGACCUUCCUGCUGUGAUGAAGACACGAGUGACUGUGACGCUCCAAAUUAAAUGAAAGACUUUUUGACUGAAACUGAAUUUGAUACAGACCGUUUCUGAUUUUAUAAAGGUCUGCUAUGGAUAUCUGCAUUUUUAUUUCACAGCUGCCUUUUCCCUACAUUUUUACAUUUCAUCGUAAGCUGAAGGACCUUCUUUGUCGAGCUCCAACAAUUUAUUAAUAAUUCAAUCAAUGUAUCUUUAAUUCCAGGCCUUCUGUGAUGCUUUGAAAAGGCAAACUGAUUGAAAUGUAAAUGCUUUGUUUCGUUUUCAGUGUUUCAGAUGAGAAAGACCUGCAGGUUAAAUCAACAUGAAUGUGAGUAAUUAUUGUUUUUAGUUAAAUGAUCUCUUAAAAGUUGCAGCUCACAAGCUAACAACACAGAAAUCUUUAGUGUUUACAUUAGUACAGACUCUUUUUCUACUGUACUGAGGCUUUUAUAACAUUAAUUUACAAUUUAAAGUGAUGAUUAAGUGUUGAAACAUUCUGUUUUCAUAAGAUCUGUGUAUUGGUUUAUUAUUUCAUUAUUCUUGAAACACAAAUGUGGGGAUUUUAUUAGGGAAAACGUUUUAUUAAAGCAAUAUUUCACCUGAAAACUAUUUAUAUUUGCUUUAUGUAACCAGUAUAGCUUCAGUUAUGAUGUAUUAAAGGUGCAGUAGGUGGUUGUCUCCAGAAACAUUUGUUGUUGUGCUGGUUGAAAGUCUCUUCCCAUUCCAAUAGUAAUGAUUAAGCUAAAUGAUCUAAAUGUAUUUAUAUGUAUUUUUAUAUCCUGGGCAAUGGUGGAAAGAGUACUGAAAAAUCAUACUCAAGUAAAAGUACCAUUACUUGCCUAAAAACUGAUGCGUUUACAUGUAAUUUGUGGAUGUGUGUAAACGUAACAUUCUGUAGUGCAUCUAGUUAUUGGCAAGGAGGCACACAACGUCAUAUGAUGUUAUUAUUAGGUUAGAUUUAGGUUGUGAUGUCAGGUGACCAAAAUUCAACAUCUAGCCAGCGUCUAAGGACAAUGUUAUUUUGAUGUCCAAUAAUGACGUUAAAUGACGUUGAUAUUUGGUUGAUUUUAGGUUGUUAGAAAGUAACCAAAAUCCAACGUCGACCCAACAUCUAAAACCAAUUUCAUAUUGACGUCAUAUACUGACAGUUAUUCAUCAGGUAUGGCAACCAAAAUCUAACGUCUGAUAAAUGUCAAUAGUGGUUACGUCCACACAACGUCAAGCUGUUACAACAUUAGAUGUUGAUAUUUGGUUGAUUUUAUGUUGGACAUUGUUGUUGACCUGACGAUGAGUUCUGACGUCAACCUGAUUUUCAUUUCCAAACAAAAUGCAACAUCCCUAUGACGUUGGGGCACAACGUCAAUCUGACGUCAUGUUGACGUCUUGUGCCUGCUGGGUGUUUAAGGCCAUUUCAGUCAUCAUACAGUAAACAGCCGUCAUCUUCACAUCAGUGACAUGCAUCUAAACAGUCUCUGGGUCAAUAGCCGCGUUUCCACUAUCGCGCCUAAAGCGAGCGAGCCAGGGCGAGCCAAGGCCAGUCGCGUUUCCACUAUCACUUCCGGGGCGUAAUCGGGCCAAAGCGGGGCUUCCUUGGGGCCAGCGUCCGGCCUUUUUCGGCCCGCCGAAUACCUUGGGCCAAGGAGGGCCAACUGGGGCUUCGGGGCGGGGUUACGUACAAAGGCGGAGUUUUCCUGUCAGGUAAAGAGGAGACAAGAUGUUUUCUUCCCUUACAUUUGUUUUGCUAUCGCGCUUGAUCAACUCACUAAGAAAAAUCUGUGUUCGUAGUAAAUGCCGCCGAACUCGAAUGUCCUUAUCCAGUGAUCGCUGUCUGGCCUUACACCAACAGACCACAAACAGUAAAAAAGCAAUCGCUUCGGUGUUCUCCAUCUUCCAGCUCUCGUAGUGAUGCCAGGUUGUGUUUGUGGUUAUAAUUUGAGUUUUUUGUUCCCGCUGAAGUGGGCGGGUUGUGUGACGGGUUGUGUGAUGUUUGAUUCGGGGGACGUUCUGGGGGCGGUGUUUGCGUGAUGCGCUGCGAGCAACUAGCCCGACAGUGGAAAUGCGACAUGAUUUCGGCCUCAUUUCUCAACCUCCCGGGCUAUUGGCCCGGCCUGGCCCGAUUAAAGCCCUGGCUCGCACUGGCCCGAUAGUGGAAAUGCGGCUAUUGUGUGUAAAGAUUUUGAACAUCUUCUUUAACACUUUUAAUGCUUCCAAACAGUUUGUUGAAAUUAUAAAUCGCCCAUGUCUUGAGGUAGUCCAUCAUGAUGUGAUUUACCUUCUAUGUGUGAUUUGAUUGCACUCGCAGGACUGAUUUUUCUAAUCCCCAUUGACAAGAAAAAAUAAAGUAGUGACUGCAGGUUGAAGGAAAGUAGUGGAGUAAAAAUGCCGAUACUGCAGUAAAAAUGUACUCAAGGGAAAGUAAAAGUACACAAUUUUAAAACUACUCAAGAAAUUAUAAUUCCUGAGGAAAAACUGCUCAAUUACUGUAAUAUGAGUAUUUUUUAAUUAGUUACUUUACACCACUGAUUCUGGGCAUAUCUCUAAUUAAAAUUAAUCAGGCCGAUAAUUCCCAUAAUUCUGCUCAAAAGCUCAAACUGUCUGUCAACAAAUGUAGAUUUGUACAUCUGCAUCUGUUCACGCAGAUCCACACCAUGUUCAUGUGCACAUGUGAGACUCAGUGACAGCGGUAAAAACAAAUACUGAAUCAAAACUUUCUAAAAAUCCUGAAUCAAUAUUGGAGUUACUUUUGCAUGCUGGAGGAAGGACGACAACAUGGCUAAAGUGUUUCUGUUAGACAGGUAAUGUUAUGUGUUAAAACUAUUUUAGUCACGCAGAGCUGAUGUAGAUUGUGUUGUUAUGAAUGGGUUAUAUGCACAGAAGUGUUGUUCAGCCACUGAAAUCUUCCGGUGAACUAUUGAUGUGACUAUUUUCAGUUUCAUAAGGGCCUUUUACAGCAACGAUAAUGUAGAUUUUAAUAUAGUUUAACAACAAAACAUCAGUAAAUAGCGCUAUUCCGCCUAGCCUGCUUUACCGAGGUGAAGUUGGUUUAUAUCCACAUCACAUUGGUUCAUUUUUGAACAAUGACAACCCGUGAUGUGCUCCCUAUAUUGUUUACCAUGCUACUUUGAAUAUUCUUUGUGAAAUAGCAUGUAAGUAUGGCUUAGCCGGCCAAGCACUAAGCAUAGUUGCUUUAGGACAAAGCACAAGAGAGUGAGAGGAGCGAUCCUUACAUGCAUGAAACAUUGCACAUUAUGACAAGUAGUGCUACAGUGCUAAAACCGUGCUAGAUACAGUUUUUAGCUUGGAAUUGUAGCAUUAUGAAGUAAAGUUUUCUAAUUGGCGAAUGACAUGAUCUAGUGGGUUGUCUACUGUCAUCUUUACAGAUGUUUGUGAUUUCAGGAGGCAUGGCUAUGGACAGCAGGAGAGAGACUGUGUUUUCAAAGCUAUUAUGCUAAUGGUUAGCGUUUUGGCUGAUCACCUGCUGCACCUUUAGGUCUGUUUUCUGAAGUUAUGUGAGAUUUAUGCUGCAGUUUUUCACGAAUGCACAUUUUCAGGCUUUCAUGCGUCUCAUAAUUACAUUUCUCUGUUCUCUGCCUCUUUGUAAUGUAUUUAUUAAGUUGUUUUUUCCCCCUAAAGGUCAGCUGUCAUCUGUUCAGUAGAACCGGUGUGAAUUUCUGUCAUGCAUGAAAGUGAAAUUGUAAUGAAUUUACCAUUGGCCAGAGGAUUGCGGGAUCAGUUAUCACAUACAAUCAUGUUUUAUUACUGUAUUGCUACAAUAAUGCACAACAAACUUUAGAUUACCACACUGUCUAUUGGUUGUUGAUAUGGUAAUGUGAACAUGUGUAAGUAGAUUGAAGGGCAGCACGCACUACAUGAUUCAUCAAUUAGUUUUCCUGAUUUCUUCUUUGUUUGAUGUGUGACCUGAUCAAACAGAUGCAGAUGAGAAAUAAAUCACUCCGUUACUAA